AUGGUGCCUAAGCUCAAAUUUACUUUCUCUAUAAGAAAUGGUGACAAUGAUGUUGAUCUUCAGAGAUUUUCAGAUAAUGUUUGCAGGUCUAUGCUUUCACUCCAAACUCCGGUUCUACAGAGUUUGCAUCUGGAAGUUAUUGCUAAGAAAAGUGGUACUAUUGAUUUUGGAGUGUUAGUUGGAAUUGCAUUUGGACACCAUGUGCGUGAGUUGGUACUCACAGUUGAGUUUAGCCAAGGGUCGUUCAGAUUUCCUAUAAACUUGUAUAAAUGUGAGAUGCUAGAGACCUUGAAACUUGGUGGCUGCGGUAGUUCCAUUAUUCUUGAUGUAACUUCUCCAGUUUGUCUCAAGUCUCUCAGAACUUUGCACCUUCACUAUGUGUUCUUCAAAGACGAAGAAUCAGUUCUCAACCUUUUAUCUGGCUGUGAAAGUCUUGAAACUUUGUUGGUUCGUCCAUCUCGAAAUGAUGAUGUGAAAACUUUCACUAUUGCGGUGCCAUCCUUACAGAAGCUAACCAUACAAUCUGGCUAUGGUGAUGGUGCGGACUACGUGAUAAAUGCUCCUUCUUUGAAGUACUUGAAUAUUGAAGCGUGUCAUCACUACGGAUCUUUUCUAAUUGAGAAUGCACCUCAGCUAGUGGAGGCAGAAAUAUUCAGCGGUAACGUAAUUAUGGGAUCACUCACUUCACUCAAACACCUUACCUUGAGUAUAUCACAUUUGGAGAUGAAGGUUCCUGCUGGUAGCAUCUUCAAUCAGCUGGUAUAUUUGAAACUGUUUCCAUCUGAACUAGAGGACUGGAAUUUACUAAUGCUCAUACUCGAUAACUCUCCUAUUCUACAAGUGCUCAAGAUCCAGAGUGGAUAUGGUGUUGAGGCCCGUAACGAAUGGAAAGCACCAAAGCAUGUUCCUCAGUGUCUGUCGCUUCAUCUUAAGACAUUAGACUGGUGCGUAGAUGGAAUAGAAUAUGGGGAAGAGGUUGCCGAAUACAUCCUAGAGAAUGCAAGUCGCUUGGAAAAACUAAUUUUGAGCUUUGACGUCGACAACUACUCUCUUUCGGAGGAAGACAAACUUCAAGUGUGGCACGCCAUGGAAAGUAUGUGUCCGUAUUCAUGUGAGUUUGAUCUUGUGGGGUGA